CCCCUGGCAGUUUCCUCGCCUCAGCUUGCGUGCUGGGCGUUGCCCCUGCUCUGCUCUGCUCUCCUCGAGCCUAUAAAAUUACGGGCACGCGCCCCAGCUCUGCUCGACGAGCUCACGGAGCGAGAGCAAGCAGCUGACAUCAGCUUACUUGAGCAGAGAGGAUCAGAAGCGAAGAGCUUGGGAGUGCGACCCAGCAGAGGAUCCGAGAUGGCGUCGAUGAUGGGAGGCGACCUCGUGGAGGCGUACGUGCUCAAGAACGCGUACACGGAGAAGCUCCGGCGCAUGGAGGAGCAGGAGACGGCCAGGCGGCGGGGCGCCACGUCCGCCGAGAAGAAGAAGGCCUCGCCGUCGGGCGGCGGCAGGGGAGGAGGGCUGUUCGGGCUCGUCAAGAAGAAGGUGCACCCCAAGGCGGCCGCGUCGAGCGAGGCCGGCGGAGCUGCAGCUUCUUCUUCCUGAUCCAGCCGCGCGCGCGUCUGCUGCGCCACCAUUGCCCGGUCGCUUGUGCAGACACACAAAGUGCUACGGUAGUUUGUAGUUUCGCUGGAAGUCUGGUUGCCGCCGAAUGGUAGUACGGCUGCCAUGAUUUGUACUAGCAUUUCUUUCUUUGUUUGUUUGUUUCUUGACUAUGGAGCGUUUGUUGCUCGCUUCAUGUGGAUCAUCAUGUUGUUUCGUUUGUUACUUGAUGCAAGUUACGUGAGAUGGCAAAAAAAGAAAAACCUUUUUAAAUUCCAUCCAAAAUUCAGGCUUA